AUGGAAAUGUCUGGUGUUUUUAUGCACUUGCCAGUUGUGGAUGUUGAAUGUAUUUUUCUGGAGAAGUGUAAAGCCACCCUAAAUGGUAGGGCCACAGUCCAAGAGUGUAGUGGUGCACUGAACUGUGUUGUUCACCCUUUGAAUACAGUCUGGCAGUUUAUGAUAAGCGAUCUAUGUGCCUGUCAGAGAGGGAAACCAUUGCACAUCUCUCAAGUCUUUGGUCAGAUGGGAAACUUUCUACAGGACCCUGGUCAGAUGGGUAACUUACUACAGGACCCUGGUCAGAUGGGUAACUUACUACAGGACCCUGGUCAGAUGGGAAACUUACUACAUGACCCUGGUCAGAUGGGUAACUUACUACAGGACCCUGGUCAGAUGGGUAACUUACUACAGGACCCUGGUCAGAUGGGUAACUUACUACAGGACCCUGGUCAGAUGGGUAACUUACUACAGGACCCUGGUCAGAUGGGUAACUUACUACAGGACCCUGGUCAGAUGGGUAACUUACUACAGGACCCUGGUCAGAUGGGUAACUUACUACAGGACCCUGGUCAGAUGGGAAACUUACUACAGGACCCUGGUCAGAUGGGUAACUUACUACAGGACCCUGGUCAGAUGGGUAACUUACUACAGGACCCUGGUCAGAUGGGAAACUUACUACAGGACCCUGGUCAGAUGGGUAACUUACUACAGGACCCUGGUCAGAUGGGAAACUUACUACAGGACCCUGGUCAGAUGGGAAACUUACUACAGGACCCUGGUCAGAUGGGAAACUUACUACAGGACCCUGGUCAGAUGGGAAACUUUCUACAGGACCCUGGUCAGAUGGGAAACUUACUACAGGACCCUGGUCAGAUGGGAAACUUUCUACAGGACCCUGGUCAGAUGGGAAACUUUCUACAGGACCCUGGUCAGAUGGGAAACUUUCUACAGGACCCUGGUCAGAUGGGAAACUUUCUACAGGACCCUGGUCAGAUGGGAAACUUACUACAGGACCCUGGAUGA